ACUCUGGACAUCUCCGUCGAGAGUCGCCGUGGGUUCCUGCUUCAGCAGUGCUUGGACGGAACCCGGCGCUCGUCCCCUCGCCCCGGCGGCCGCUCAGAACCAGCCCUCCGCCAUCUCCUCACAGCGUCCUCGGACCGCUGCAAGGCCCCCCGUCGCCGCUCCAGAGCCGCGCAGCCGCUGCCAGCCGCCGCCAGGACGACCGCGUCCCCUUCGCAGGUGCGCCAGAACUACCACCAGGACUCGGAGGCCGCCAUCAACCGCCAGAUCAACGUGGAGCUCUGCGCCUCUUACGUCUACCUGUCCAUGUCUUACUACUUUGACCGUGAUGAUGUGGCUUUGAAGAACUUCGCCAAAUAUUUUCUCCACCAAUCUCAUGAGGAGAGGGAACAUCCUGAGAAAUUAAUGAAGCUGCAGAACCAACGAGGUGGCCGAAUCUUCCUUCAGGAUAUCAAGAAACCAAACCGUGAUGAUUGGGAGAAUGGGCUGAAUGCAAUGGAGUGUGCAUUACACUUGGAACAGAGUGUGAAUCAGUCACUACUGGAACUGCACGAACUCGCCACUGAUAAAAAUGACCCCCAUUUGUGUGACUUCAUUGAGACUCAUUACCUGAAUGAGCAGGUGAAAUCCAUCAAAGAAUUGGGUGACCACGUAACCAACCUGCGCAAGAUGGGGGCCCCCGAAUCUGGCAUGGCAGAGUAGCUCUUGACAAGCACACCUUGGG